CAGGCCUUGCCGGCCGCCGGCGAUGCUGCGCACGCGCGUUCUCGGUGCCGGCUUUAAAGCCGCCGGCGUGUUCAUUGCUUGCAGCCGGCUGUCCCGGGGUUUUGCUUCGUGUCUUCGUUCCCGUCACUCGGCCUGUCCCAGCUUCCAGGCCCGGCUUAGCCGCAGCGAGCAGGAGCCGCUGUCUCCCAGCUCCGGCCCGCUCCUCUUAGCCCAGUCUCACGCCGCCAUGGCCGUCCAGAGUAUGGCCAAGAGGAUGGUCUGGGUGGAUCUGGAGAUGACUGGAUUGGACAUAGAAAAAGAUAAAAUCAUAGAAAUGGCAUGCAUUAUAACUGAUGCGGAUUUGAAUAUUUUAGCUGAGGGUCCACACUUGAUUGUCAACCAACCAAAUGAGCUAUUAGAUGGCAUGUCAGAGUGGUGUACAGAACAUCAUGGAAAGUCAGGCCUCACACAGGCUGUGCGGGAUAGUAAGAUCAGCCUGCAGCAAGCAGAAUAUGAAUUUCUCUCUUUUGUACGCCAGCAUACCCCGCCAGGCCUCUGUCCUCUUGCAGGCAAUUCAGUCCAUGCUGAUAAAAAGUUUCUGGAUAAAUACAUGCCACAGUUCAUGAAGCACUUGCACUACAGAAUAAUUGAUGUUAGUACAAUCAAAGAAUUAUGCAGACGUUGGUAUCCAGAUGAAUAUGAAGAUGCACCAAAGAAGAAAGCAUCGCACCGAGCAUUAAAUGAUAUCCGUGAGAGCAUCAAAGAGCUGCAGUUUUACAGAACACAUAUAUUUAAAGAAACCAAGGCAGAUGAGAAGAAGAGAAAAACUCAUCUAGAAAAUGGUGACAAUAGCAAGCAAGAGAGCUAGGACAAAAGGACUGACAUCUACAAAGCUUAUCCAGAAAACUGUCCCUGUUUACACUUUUUUUUGCUCCCAGUCACGUGUUGGACACUUGAAAAUAAGAUCUUUUCUGACAUGUAAUGUUUAAAAGCAGUAUCUCUAAAUUUAUUUCUGUUGUGUUUUUAGCUGCUUUAGUUACAGACUUCGCUCAAAUUUGUAAUAAAGCCAGGUUUCACUUUUUUGUUUCUUCUAGUUGGAGUCUUUGGCCUGUGAAACAACACCACAACAGUGUGAAUUUAGAACACAGCUGCUUUUUUAUUUCACAUUUUUCCAUAUAAAUGCAUAAUAAUUCUGGCAAUUUUUCUGCUUGAGUUUCUAAUUCAAUUCCAAUUUCCAUCACUGGUUGAUUAAGAAUUGUAUGCAAUUCAGUGUUUAUUACUGCACAUAGUGUGACUUUCUCUUGUUUUUGUUGCUGAUUUCAAGCUGCUGCCUAAUCAACUUGCCAGAAACUGGUUUAAUGUUUAAUCGUGUGUUGAAAUAGUGUACAUAGCACUGUGGAAUGAGCAGUCCUGAUUUAGCUAACAAAUAUUGUAAACACUCCCUGUUAACUUGUUCAUUAUCCUCAACUUCUGUUAGCACAAUGCCAUGAAAUUUAAAAAUCUAACCUCGAAUGCACUUAUUUUUAUUCUAAAUAAACUCUGCCUGUU